AUGGGGUGAGGGUUUAAGAGACAAAGGAGAGAGAAAGAGGGCCCCAUUCCCACCGCCCAUGCGCACGCUGUCAAUUUACCAACAUUCAACCCUUACUCUUUCUCUCUCUCUCUCUCUCAUCAUCGAUCCAAUCCUCUCUCUUGACCUAACCCUAACCCAAAAAAUACUUAGCUGCUAAACUGAAGCCCCCAAACAUAAAACCUCUCAACUUCUUCUCCCUCUCUCUCUUUCUCUCUCUCUGAUAUAAGUCUCCAGGAAGAACUUGCUUGCCAAGAACUAGAAACUCAAGGAGGAGAAGAUUGAGGUGGUGGAUAUACAGUGGUGAAAGGGAUGGCUAAUUCAGCUGAUCAAUUCCAUAAAAUUUAAUCAAUGGAUCAGCUUGCUCACGGCCGGCCGCUGCCACCACCCUUUCACACUAGAGAUCUUCAGCUCCACCACCAAUUCCAGCACCACCAUCAAAAUCCCGACGACGAGCAAAGUGGAAAUAGCAACUCCGGCGGCCUCAGCCUCAAACGGGAUCGUGAAGAAAAUUACGGCCUUCCACCCACCACCGCCACGACCACCGCGACUUCUGAUGGGAAAGAACUUGGUCCACAGUCCAGUGAUCACGGCGAGGUCACUCGUAGACCACGGGGCCGCCCCGCUGGCUCGAAAAACAAGCCCAAACCACCGAUUAUUAUCACUCGGGACAGCGCAAAUGCCCUCAGAUCCCAUGUAAUGGAAGUCGCCAACGGCUGUGACAUUCAAGAGAGCGUUUCCAACUUUGCCACGCGGCGGCAGAGAGGGGUUUGCAUCUUGAGCGGCAGCGGCACCGUUACGAAUGUUACCCUCCGGCAGCCGGCCGCACCUGGUGCCGUUCUGACCUUACAUGGAAGAUUCGAAAUUCUGUCGCUCUCUGGAUCGUUUCUUCCUCCGCCCGCCCCGCCGGCGGCUUCGAGUCUUACCAUAUAUCUAGCCGGCGCUCAAGGGCAGGUGGUGGGAGGAACGGUGGUAGGCCCACUGCUCGCUUCUGGGCCGGUAAUGAUUAUGGCCGCAUCGUUUGGUAAUGCAGCGUAUGAGCGGCUGCCAUUAGAGGACGAAGAGCAGCAGCAGCAGCAGCCCCCUGCGGCGGUUCCCGGCAGCGGACAGUUGGAAUCUCCUGGGAUUUCCGGACAGCAACUGAUGAAUGAUCCAAACACAAAUAUGUUUCAAGGGAUGCCUCAAAACAUGCUAAAUUCAUUACCAGCUGAGGCAUACUGGGGAACAGGUCGACCUCCAUUUUAGUUUAACAAGAAAAGAAGAAAUUAAAAACCCGUUUGGUUAAUUUUCUCUCCUGACGACAUGAUGAUUUCGCUGGUUCUUGCAAAUUAGUUUGCCUUAAUUCUUCUUCUUCUUCUUGAUUUCUUCGAAGAGUAGUAGUGUUCUUUUUCUUCUUGAGUUCAUGGUGUCAUCUGUUAAUUGAAAGAGGGAUGUACAAAGUCAUGAAUUCUUUAAUUGUGUGGUUAACUUAAAUUUCCAGUUUACUAGAUUAACUUCUCCGACCUAGUACAAGUUUCUGUUAAUUAUUCCA